UAGAUUCUCAUUUCAAGAGAUUUCUAUUUUUAGACACUAGCAUGCGUACUCCACUCCGAGAUUACUAAAUAACUACACACAUUCCAAUUUACAAAUUUAGAAAAUUCCCAUUUUUAGAAGCUAAACCUUGCAAGUCCAUAGCAACGUCACUUGGCUCUCCAAAUUCAUAGCUCUUCAUCUCCUCUCAUUUCCCACAAAAGAAAGUCCCCCCACCUUAGUCGGAAUUAGACUUCCGUCUCCACCUACAAACACACCCUCAUUCCAAAUCCACAGGUUUCUAUAUAAAAAGAAACCCUUCUCAAUCUAUCACCACAUUAAAAUAGCACACAUCAACACACACAUUAACACACAUUUGCAAAAGAUGAUGAAUCUAAACAACACACUCUUUUUCUCUCUCCUCCUCCUUUUCCUUUUCUUCCAUAUUGCCAAUGGCUUUAACAUCACUAAACUCCUAAGCCAAUACUCAGAUUUCAGCACCUUCAAUAGCUACCUCACUCAAACCCAACUCGCAGGUGACAUCAACAGCCGGCAGACCAUCACCAUCCUCGUUGUUGACAACGAUGGCAUGUCCUCUCUAUCGAGUAAGCCAGCCAACGUCUUGAAAAAGAUCAUGAGCGUCCAUGUGGUCCUCGAUUACUACGAUCUCCCAAAGCUCAAAGGACUGUCGAAAAAGUCCUCCAUCCUCACAACGCUCUUCCAGUCGAGCGCAGGCCUCCGGCAACAGGGUUUUUUGAAUGUCACUAACAUGAACAACGGAGACAUAGUGUUUGGCUCCGCCAUUCACGGUUCAAACCUUGGUGCCAAUUUGGUUAAAUCCGUGGCUUCUCAGCCCUACAAUGUAUCGGUGCUGCAAAUUAGCACUGUCGUUAUUCCUACAGGCAUUGAGAACUCGACUGCCACGUCACCGUCAAAAGCCCCGGCACACUCUCCCAAAUCUGCACCGCCUAGCAAGGCACCUGCACCAGGUGGUCCAGCCAAGGCCCCCAGUGAGGCUCCGACAGCUGACACGCCUGGAUCCCCACCUAAGCCUGCUGCCGAUGGCCCGGCUGCAGAUGCACCGACUGACAAGUCUGAUGGUAUUGUAGGCGUAGCUCUUGGGCUUCGCAUCAGCAUUGCUAUGAUUAUUGUAUCGACUUUGUGUUUCGUGUCGAUGGCUUGAUUGAUCAGGGUUUUUUGCAAUAAUGUGUUUCCAAAUUUUGCUUUGGACUCUUGUUGUCCAGGCGAAAGAGUACUCUCUUUCAUGAUUUUGUAACUGACAAGUUCAAAAUCAGUUGAAUGAACGUUUUUU